UCACUCCUAGUUAAAGUCUCCUUCCUAAAUCUGAUCGGAGCAGACGAGCAACAAGCCCAUCUGGACUCCGUGGGUUUACUGAAACCACUGGACUUCAUCCGGUUAUCAUGAUUCAAUUGUCCUGGUUUUUGUUGGGGUCACUUUUGUUUGGGCUUCAGGCUGCUGUGGUGAUAAGAGCUCAUUCUGGAGUUAAUCUGGUGCGACAUAAAAGAGACUGGAUUUCCCCUCCAAAAUCUUUGAAGGAAAAUGUUGACUACACUCAACUGGAGUCUAUUGCCAAGAUCCGUUCAGACCAACAAGCUGGAACAACGGUUCUCUACUCCUUAGAAGGUAUUGGAGCAAACCAGCAUCCUUUUCAUGUGUUUGUGGUUGACGCUCAUACUGGAAACGUUCGAGUGACCAGAAAGCUUGACAGGGAGCAGAUUGACAAGUACCAGCUUGAAGGUUUUGCUAAAUUCCCAAAUGGCACUGAAGCAGAGAAAAAAAUCGACCUCGAAAUUAAGGUUAUUGAUGAGAAUGACAAUCCUCCGAUCUUUGAUUCAUCACUGCUGAGAGCUUCGGUGGACGAGAACAGUGCUGCAGAGACGUCAGUUACAAUAAUCAAAGCCACUGAUGCAGAUGAACCAGGGACGAACAAUUCUAAGAUCGCCUACUCCAUCAUAGAUCAGAAACCCCACCACUAUUUCGGCAUUACCAAGGAUGGCGUGAUCUUUGUUCAGAAUGCUAUGUUGGACAGAGAAGAAGAAGACACAUAUAUUCUAACAGUGACUGGUAAAGAUCUAUAUGGUGCAGAAGGGGGAAACAUUGCAACAGGAACUGUUACUAUCACCAUCCUUGAUGUGAAUGACAAUUUUCCAACUUUGGAAAAACCAGAUUAUGACGGAACAAUUGAGGAGAACACAUUUGGUGUUGAGGUGAUGAGGAUCAAAGCACAGGAUCUGGACCUUAAGAACACAGACAACUGGGAAGCGGUUUUUGACAUAGUCAAAGGCAAUGAGGCCGGAUAUUUCAGUAUAAAAACUGAUCCCCGGACCAACGAGGGCAUCCUAAUGCUUGAGAAGCCUGUGGACUACGAGGAUAUGAAAAACCUGGAACUAGGGCUAGCAGUGCGGAACAAGGCUCCACAGUUUGAUGGAUCAGGCUCAAAUGGAGCUAGUAUAGGUUUUGGAGGAGGGGCCGGAGGGGCCACUGGUGCCAGCGGUGCCAGUGGUGCCAGCGGUGCCAGUGGUGCCAGUGGUGCCAGUGGUGCCAGCGGUGCCAGUGGUGCCAGUGGUGCCAGUGGUGCCAGCGGUGCCAGUGGCGCGGGUGGUGCCAGCGGAACAACAUUUAAAACCUACCCAAUCAAAAUCGCUGUAAAGAACCAGCCAGAAGGACCACAGUUUGAUCAAGCAGUUAAAGCUAUUCCUGUCAUAGAAGGAGGCGAUAUUGUUAAUAAAGUGAUUGGCCGUUAUCCUGCAACAGAUAAAGACACUGGGAAACCAGCGGAGAAUGUCAGAUAUGUAAAAGGCUCAGACCCUCAUAACUGGUUUACAGUUGACCCCGAGACAGCUGAGAUCAAACUGAACAAGAUACCUGACAGGGAGUCUCCAUUUCUGGUCAAUGGGACAUAUACGGCUAAAAUACUCUGCAUCACAAAAGACAUGCCAGCUAAAACGGCUACUGGAACUAUAGCCAUCCAGGUAGAGGAUUUUAAUGACAACUGCCCCAUGCUGACCAGUGACUUCCAGUCUAUGUGCACAUCAAAGGACAGUGUCAUUGUCAAUGCUAAAGAUGAAGAUCAACAUCCUAAUGGAGCACCUUUUGAAUUUACCAUUGUCUCAGAGGACAGAAGGGGAAAUUGGCAAGUGGAGCACUACAAUGAGUCUGUCCACACAUAUGACGGAACAAUUGAGGAGAACACAUUUGGUGUUGAGGUGAUGAGGAUCAAAGCACAGGAUCUGGACCUUAAGAACACAGACAACUGGGAAGCGGUUUUUGACAUAGUCAAAGGCAAUGAGGCCGGAUAUUUCAGUAUAAAAACUGAUCCCCGGACCAACGAGGGCAUCCUAAUGCUUGAGAAGCCUGUGGACUACGAGGAUAUGAAAAACCUGGAACUAGGGCUAGCAGUGCGGAACAAGGCUCCACAGUUUGAUGGAUCAGGCUCAAAUGGAGCUAGUAUAGGUUUUGGAGGAGGGGCCGGAGGGGCCACUGGUGCCAGCGGUGCCAGUGGUGCCAGCGGUGCCAGUGGUGCCAGUGGUGCCAGUGGUGCCAGCGGUGCCAGUGGUGCCAGUGGUGCCAGUGGUGCCAGCGGUGCCAGUGGCGCGGGUGGUGCCAGCGGAACAACAUUUAAAACCUACCCAAUCAAAAUCGCUGUAAAGAACCAGCCAGAAGGACCACAGUUUGAUCAAGCAGUUAAAGCUAUUCCUGUCAUAGAAGGAGGCGAUAUUGUUAAUAAAGUGAUUGGCCGUUAUCCUGCAACAGAUAAAGACACUGGGAAACCAGCGGAGAAUGUCAGAUAUGUAAAAGGCUCAGACCCUCAUAACUGGUUUACAGUUGACCCCGAGACAGCUGAGAUCAAACUGAACAAGAUACCUGACAGGGAGUCUCCAUUUCUGGUCAAUGGGACAUAUACGGCUAAAAUACUCUGCAUCACAAAAGACAUGCCAGCUAAAACGGCUACUGGAACUAUAGCCAUCCAGGUAGAGGAUUUUAAUGACAACUGCCCCAUGCUGACCAGUGACUUCCAGUCUAUGUGCACAUCAAAGGACAGUGUCAUUGUCAAUGCUAAAGAUGAAGAUCAACAUCCUAAUGGAGCACCUUUUGAAUUUACCAUUGUCUCAGAGGACAGAAGGGGAAAUUGGCAAGUGGAGCACUACAAUGAGACUGCAGCUAUUGUGAGGGCGCAGGAGGAGAUGUGGCCUGGUGUCUACAACCUGCUGUUUGUGGUGAAAGACCAACAGGGACUUGCCUGUCCAAAACCACAAAAAAUGACAGUCCAUGUCUGUGUCUGUGAGGAUGGAGUUGUCUGUGCAAAACGAGAUUCCAGCAGUCAAUUUGAGCGAAACACAGAGUUAGGAGCUGCAGCCAUCGGACUUUUUUUUCUGGGACUGAUGCUUUUAAUAGUCAUUCCGCUUCUGGUGUUCGUUUGCAAAUGUGGAGGAGCUGCAAAAUAUACCGACCUCUUUACUGAUAUGCCUUUUCCCACAAAGACACAUCUCAUUAAUUACCACACUGAGGGCCUUGGAGACAAUGUGGAGGUUCCUUUGUUGAAUGUGCCACCUCCGGGGAUUACUGGCAUAGCUCAAAGUCCUAUAGGAAUGAUAUAUGGGGGGGGAUUGGAAGUGCAGCAAUCUGUUGAUUCCAUGAAUGCGGGCAUGUUACAAGGUUUUUCUUCAAGUGGCCACAAAGAAGGAAUGUGGGGGAUGAACCAGUGGGUGAGCAGUGCCUUCAACUCAGAGUCUGGAGGCAGAGAGUCAAGAGGAGGAGGAGGAUUUCUUAGUGGCAUGGCCUUGCCAGAAAACUUCCUGAAUAAAUACUACAACAUGGUGACCAGUGGAGAUGAUGGCAAACUUGGGUUAAAAGAUGGCCUGUUGGUGUAUGACUAUGAAGGCCAGGGCUCCUCCGCUGGUUCUGUUGGCUGCUGUAGCACUUUGGAAUCAGACACUGAUCUGCAUUUCCUUGAUGAUCUUGGAAUAAGGUUUAAAACACUUGCUGAGAUAUGUGAAGGCAAAACAAUCCAAACUGAGAUUACACAGGUGGACACUCCUCGACCUAAUGCUCCUGUAAACAAGAUUCAAAUGUCAGAGCCAAAUUUGGUGACAAGCCAAGAGAUGUAUUAUUCAUCUAAAAUACAACCGGCUAACUCCAGAACCGAGCAGACUUUAGUCAAUGAAACAACUGAGCAUUCUAAAAUAAGGGAUAACAAGGCCGCAGUAAGGAAAGGGAUGACCACAGUGCAAACAGAGAUGGCACAUCAGAACCAGAUGUUAGUUUUAAACCAAGAGCAGCCUGUCUACUUCACCACGACACCUGUGCUGCAGCCCAUGCACUAUGUUGUUCAGCAGCCCCUUCAGAAUGCCAUGAUGGUAGCUGAGGCACCUAUCCCCAAUCUUCAGCCCAUGGUAGUGUUUAAUGGCACUGACAUUGGGUCCUCACAGGUUAUUGUUCAAGGGCAGACAAUGAUGCCCAAUGCACAACUCCAGAGCCUUGGGACUGUGCUGGUGGACAGCAGGGAGAUCCAAGGAACUAGUGGAAACUUGGUCUCUGGGUCCCAAAAUAUGAUGUUUCUUAAAGGCAAGGUCCCAGCAGGAUCACUGAAAGUAUUAAGUGGGAACCAGGCUACCCUCAUUCAGGGUGGUACUAUACUAAAUGAGCAGUCAGAGUCUCAGACAAUCAUGAAUAUUGGGGAAUCAAACACCAGAGGGCAUCAGCUUCUGGAAGGAAGAGGUGUCUUCCAAAACACUGAAUCUGAGUCUGGGAUUCAAAUAGUUCAUGACAUCAGUGGUGGUGCAUAUAGUGGCUCUCAGGGUAGCACCUCUUUCAACAUACUUAGCAAAGCCCCCACCAUUCAAAACACUCUGCAGAAGUAAUAAGAAAUUAACUUAAAUAUUUUGCCUGUAAAGUGGUCAACAUACACCACUAAUGUGGUCUACGCUGAUGGGAGCUUAUUGUUGUCAAAAGUUGAAAUGUAAUAAAACAAAAUAGAAGGUUAGAAGGUUCUACCAUGGCCCUGGGGUUCUCCUGACUUAAAGAAGAUAUAAACAACAACCCAUAAAGAAAUGGCUUUUCUCACCAGUGUCAACAAAGUUAAAAAUCAGCAGUCUAUAAAAUGUCCAAACCUGAUGUCAUAUGCAACAAAUGCUGAUGUUCAAACUUUUACUUCAUGCAAUUUUCUUUUUGCAUUUUCAGCUUUUGAAAUGUAAAAGCAAAACCACAAUCUUACCGAAACUCUUGAAAUAGUGUGUGGAAAUUUAAAGUUAGGUCAAAAUGGAACGUCAGGCACAAAUUCAAUUCGGUUUUCAAUUAAAUCAAUUCAUACAGAUUUUCAUACAGAUUGGCAUUGAGUGUAAAGACAUAGCAAUAUUUUCUCGUAACCCUGUACUGUCU